UAUUUAAAUUUUUUUUAUUUAUUUUUUUUUAAACUAAGUAAAUAAAUGUAGCAUUGCGGGAAUAAUUUGGGAAGGUAGACAGGCAACCUGUCUAAAGGAUGUCAUUGGCGCCAAAAUAUGGCACUAGGGAUUUGGAGAAGAAAAGACAGAAAAAGACGUACAAUAAGAAAAUAAGGGAAAACCGACUACACCCACCCUGGUGAAUAUACCAGGGGCUUACCCAAAGGAAACACAGGUUCCAUGAGAGGUGGAUAUCGUUACCAAAUAUGGCGGUAUUAGAGCAACAAUAAAUAGUUAAGAUCAAUUUUAAGAUAAAAUGCAGAACUUCAUGUCAAUUGCACUCAAGGACAAUUAGAAUGCUCAGAAUUUGCUACUGCCAAAGCAGACACUAACCAAAAAGGCACUUUUUCACAGGGUUGGGUGUUCGAAUCCCACCUUUGCCCAGUGUUUGUAGAGUUUGCAUGUUCUCCCCGUGCUUCGUGGGUUUCCUCCAGGCACCCUGAUUUCCUCCCCUUGUCCAAAGACAUGCGUCGUAGGCUGAUUGGCAUCCAAAUUGUCCAUAGUGUGUGAAUGUGUGUGUGAUUGUGCACAGUGAUGAGUUGGCACCCCGUUCAGGAUGUCCCCCACCUUGUGCCCCAAGCUCCCUGGGAUAGGCUCCCGGCCCCCCCUUGACCCUUUGUAGGAUAAUCCGUAUGGAAAAUGGAUGGACGGAUUAUUUGUGCUUUGAAUAUAAUGCACAACCCCCCCAGUGAUUACAUCAGCCAUGCAGACUGUACUCGAGAACAAAGUCUUCCUUAUCGGCACCCUGUCUGCUGACCCCGACUUCAUCUUGCAGCAUGUCCAACAGGAUAAAAUCAUCACCAAGCGUGACUACGACAAACUUAACCAUAGUUACCAUCCACGUGCGAAAAUUGUCACGGACCUUCUGGACACUGUGAUGAACAAGGGUGAUGCGACGUGUUGCAAAUUUGUGGAUCUCUUGCAGCGAGAAGAGGUUCAGGACAAUUUCCCUGACCUGAAGCAACUUUUCACCCCCCCACCUACAUCACACAACCAGGAUAAUCCAGUGAAAGCAGCCAGUGAGAUUACUGAAUAUAAAAUGUCCAGCGAACCUCGUGGUUUCUGUGUGAUCAUUAACAAUGUGAAUUUUGCUUCACCCCUCAAAGAACGCUAUGGAUCUAAAUUGGAUGAAGAUUCUCUUAAAGAGGUGUUCCAGUGGCUGGGUUUCAAUGUGUGUGUGCACAAAAACCAAACUGCAGAACAGAUGAAGGACCUGUUGAAGAAAUACAGCCAGCAACACCAUGAUGGUGAUUGUUUUGUCUGCUGCAUCAUGAGCCACGGCAGCAGUGAUGGAGUACACGGCACAGAUGGAGCUAUAGUCUCCAGAGAUGACAUCUUUGGCCCGUUCAGUGGAAAUUCCUGCCCGAGUCUAAUCAAUAAACCCAAAGUGUUUAUCAUCCAGGCUUGCCGUGGGAAAGAGUACCAUCUUCCUGUUGAAGUCCAGCCUGAUAGUUAUGAGGAAGAGGACACGGAAGCGGAAACGGAAGAUGAAAAAUCAUUAGAGACGGAUGCUGUUCAGAUGAUGACCAUACCAGCUGAUGCAGAUUUCCUCAUUGCGAGGUCGACCGUUAAAGGAUACUAUUCAAUGAGGAACACGAUUUCGGGCUCUUGGUUCAUCCAGUCCUUGUGUAAGCAACUAAAAACGUACUGCCCAGGGGGUGAGGAUAUUCCAACUAUCUUGCUGUGCGUCAAUAAGGAGGUCAGUGAAAAAGCUACUACAGUCCGAAUGAAAGGCAUCGUUAAACAGAUGCCCAUCCAUAAAGUGACCCUGAGGAAGAAGCUGGUUUUCUAUCUGCCACAGUAGAACGUGUUUAUAAUGAGCAGUUCCUAAUGAGUAUUCCAUAGGUUUCCGCUUGUUUUCAAAAAAGUGUACAAGCUCCGUUUUAGCAAAUUCUUUAGUUAUGUUGUAUUGAUGUGAGUUAAGAGUAAAUUUAAAGAUGUCACAAUUUGAAGAAAAAAAAAAAAAAAAGCUACUGUACCGUGAAUCAUAAUUAUGUACAACAUAGGAAAGCAACAUCAGGAAUUUUUAAAUGAAAGAAUUUACAUGUCAUAUCUUUAUAUAAUUUUUUUUUUACCUGGUUUUUGAUUUGUACCUGAAUAAAACAUGUAUUUCUAAAGUAUUGACCUCAAAAGGGACAUUGAUUUAUACAUUUUUUUUAAAAAAGCUUGUUCAAUGUAUUCAUGACUAUACUGUCCACGUUGUCGAAUUAAAGACAGCAAUGAAAAUGUCAAGGUGGGAAACAUCAGUUUUAUUCAAAUAAAAUGGUUUAAAAAUACAA